GCAAUAAAAGGGCCACCCACCUUUCUCCCAUCUUUCUUCUCUCUUUCUCCCUCUGCAAUUCUCUCUCUCUUCUGCCGCGUAAAAUCUAUCGAUUCUGUUCGAUUUUCCGGUCCAAGAUCUGCGGCAUUGCUCGAAUAUCUCUUCUCUCUCUCUCUAGAUUGCAGCUGGAGAUCUGUCACUGUUUUUGUCUGCAAACGACUGUUGAUCUUCUCUGUCUGCUCGGAUCUCGCCGCGUUUGGUGGAUCUAUGAGCCCUCCCGCAUUGUUGUUCCCGAGCUAGGUUUUAGUGGCUCCAUGCUUCUCUGGUUGCUGUCGCGCGUUCAGAGCGAUGCGCUGUGUUGUUUCUGGAAAAGUAGGUGGUAGUGAGCACAAUCGCCGGAAACCUAGAGGUAUUAGGCGGGGCUCCGGCGAGGCAUUCGGGCUUGGCAGCGUAGGGUUCUGACGAUGGUGUGUGUGAACUGCGUGCUGAACAGGGAAGAUGCGGCCUCUUCUUCUGCUUCGUUUUCUUCUGCCUAUGUUCGGCCUGUUUUCCUCUAGCUUUGGGCUCCCGCUACUGCACAUAUACUUGUCUCCCAGUCUACUGCCAAGUCGGACAUUGCUUAUGAGGAAAAUCUCAACAGAGCAUGGGAGAUAUAUGUCAACAAGAACAUUAUUUGCUCCUUCAGAGCUGCCCCAUAUGUCAAGGCUCAAGCCUUCUUGGGAGUCAUCUGCUGCUCCUGCUCUAUCCCCGGUGUCUCAAGGUCCUAGCACAGGUACCUUCCCAAAACAUCAUCAUCAUGGCCAUCAUAAGAGACCUAUUUCAGUUGCCCCAGCUCCUUCCAAAUUACAAGGUUGUGGUCAAACAUGUGUGGAGCCUCUGACUUCGACUCCCCUUGGGUCCCCAUGUGGUUGUGUCUUUCCUAUGAAAGUCAGACUUCUGUUGGAUGUAUCUCUCUAUGCUAUCUUUCCUGUGGUUAAUGAACUUGAAAUUGAGGUUGCAUCAGGCACAUAUCUAAGACAAAGUCAAGUGACAAUUAUUGGUGCCAGUGCUGAUAGCCAAAACCAGGAAAAAACAGUGGUGGAUAUUAAUUUGGUUCCUUUGGGACAAAAGUUUGAUAAUACCACUGCAAUGUUGACUUAUCAGAGAUUUUGGCAGAAAAAGGUGCCUCUAAAUGCGACUCUUUUUGGAAAUUAUGAAGUGAUAAACAUUAAUUAUCCAGGACUUCCUUCUUCACCACCAUCUGAGGGUCCUAUGGGCAAUGGUCCAAGUGGAAGUGCUGGAAGUGAGCAAUUCCCUGUUUCAGCGGAUCUUGUCAAUAAUGCCAAGAAGCUGAAUGCUAAAACUAUUUUUGUCAUUGCUUUGUCUGCUUUUGUACUCUUGUUGGUUUUCUGCGGAGCAGUUUCCAUCCUCUUAAAAUGGAGGACAGUUGGUAGAUCAUCAAAUGCUGUUGGUCCUGUCUUUACACCAUCCAUUAAUAAAAGACCUGGAACUGGGGCUAUGUUAUCAAGUAGCAUGGCAAGCUCAACGUCAAUAUCCCCCAUUUCUGCCAUGCAGGCUUCCAUUCUUUCUGUUCAAACUUUUGCUCUAGCAGAGGUAGAGAAAGCCACGGAAAAGUUUAGUUCAAGAAAGGUUUUGGGUGAAGGAGGAUUUGGUCGUGUUUAUCAUGGGAUCCUGGAAGAUAGAACUGAAGUUGCUGUUAAACUGCUUACACGGGAUAAUCAGAAUGGGGAUAAUGAAUUUAUCUCAGAAAUUGAGAUGCUAAGCCGACUGCAUCACCGUAACCUUGUGAAACUCAUCGGUAUAUGCAUUGAAGAUCACACCCGCUGCUUGGUUUAUGAGCUUGUUCCCAAUGGCAGUGUCGAGUCUCAUUUACACGGCGCUGACAAGAGAAAGGGGCCUCUUGAGUGGGAGACACGAUUAAAGAUUGCACUUGGUGCGGCUAGAGGCUUGGCUUAUCUUCAUGAAGAUUCUAACCCUCGUGUAAUUCACCGAGAUUUCAAGGCUAGUAACAUCUUGUUAGAAGAAGAUUUCACCCCGAAGGUUUCAGAUUUUGGGUUAGCUAGGGAAGCAACAGAAGGAAGUCAGCACGUGUCAACUCGGGUCAUGGGAACUUUCGGGUACGUUGCUCCUGAAUAUGCAAUGACAGGGCAUCUCCUUGUGAAAAGUGAUGUUUAUAGUUAUGGGGUCGUUCUUUUGGAGCUUCUAUCUGGAAGGAAACCUGUGGACAUGUCUCAGCCCCCGGGACAAGAGAACCUUGUCACUUGGGCACGAUCUCUGCUGACUAGCAGGGAAGGAUUGGGACAGUUGGUGGAUCCUUUCUUGGCUGGAAACUGCGACUUUGAUGACAUCGCAAAGGUUGCAGCCAUAGCUUCCAUGUGCGUGCACCCAGAGGUGACCCACAGGCCUUUUAUGGGGGAGGUUGUGCAGGCACUGAAACUCAUAUGCAACGAUACAGACGAGACUUGUGGCGAUUGCUGUAGUCAGAAAGAGUCAUCUGCUCGGUACUCUGAUUUUAAGGGCGCUCUCUGCCCGUCCGAAAGUAGUUGGUGGAAUGAUGCCGGAGCCAUUACGCCGCGCUUAACUUAUGGGCAGGCCUCUUCUUUCAUAACCAUGGAGUAUAGUUCAGGGCCACUCGAGGAGAUGGAAAACAGACCGUUUUCCGCUUCGAGUUUGAUCAGGGGAGGGGGUGGGGUCCCCGGGUUGCCUGUCGGGCAUGGAAACCGAUCAGGUCCCUUGAGAACGGUUCGGAGCAAGCAAGCGUUUUACAGAUUGAAGGGGAGCCUGAGCGAACACGGCGGAGCUCUCCCAAAUAAUGGUGCCUGGUUUGAGUCUUCCUUUUAGAGUGUGUUUUAAAGUGUACAGUACCGAAAGGCCAUGGCCAAUGAAGUGGAUGGCCUCUCUCGGUAUAGUUAGUUAGCAGUCUGAAUUUGCUCUUAUUUGGAAAGGAUUGCAACUUUUGCCUUCUAAUUUUGAUAUAUCAUCAAUUCAUAUCAUACCAAAAGUGGGUUGAAUUCUUCCUU